CUCUGCUGUCAGUAUUCAGUGGGAGGGUAGACACCAGCAGCAACCUCGCAGCUAAAACCAACGUGACAAGUCGGAGUCUUAAUAACACCACCCGAACCGAGAGCAGCAGUUACACCGCAACCUUAAUGUCGUCCCGACCCACGAAUAAACCGCAUACGGAGACGACGAGCUGCCAUUUUCCAACUGCUGAAUCAGGAUAACGAUUUAAUUCCCUAUCGAGACUUUCGUGCCAACCGGCUCGCCAGCCGCAGUGGAUAUUGUUGCAUUGUUCACGUGAAAUUAAGAAAAUCGGUGGUUUGCUGCGGAUCAGUCGACCGGAACCGCACUUUGUCAGUAUGUUUCAUCACGGGAAACGUCGUUACGCCGGAUACCGAUUUCGUUAGGAUCGUUGCAUCGCGUUGGAUUCGUGUUGAACUUGGCCUGUAGUGCAAAAAAGCGUAGUUCUGCUACAUCUAUGGGAUUGAUAUUGUUGGACGAUUCGGUUUGAUCGUUUUCUAUGCUAUUCGGAUAUUAAAUUAUUUGCUUGGCCAACGCAAACAUCCACAGCUGUCGCUUUGUCUACAUCAGAAGAAAGUGGGAUGGAUAUCACGAUACGAAAGUAAAUCUGGACCUGGGUUUGGGUUUCGCAGCCAGGUUUCCUGCACUCUGUGGCGUUCUAAACAAUCUACAGGCUCCUGCCCUUUUCCCUCUCUCAGUCCCUUAUGCCCAAUGAAGGCUGUCCCAGGGUCACUGCAGGAUGGAUGAACUGGAUUUGACAGUUUUUGUCUGUCACCAUCAGUGCUUGCGUCUCUGUGACUGUGUCUUGUUCUUUAAAAGAACACCUCCUCUCUUGGGCCUUUGCCCCAUACACUGUAUGAGUAACUGUUAAUAAGGAAUACCCCACGGAGGUGAUUCUCCAACUCUGUGAGCUUUUAUUUUUUCAUAGCCGUAUUGUGCCACACAUUUUGUUGGAACAGGAAAUUUCCUCGGAAAGUUUACAUUUGCGUUUUCGUUAUAAUUUAUUUAUACUAUUUUCGUUUUUGUUCGUGGAGAGAUGUCGUCAGAAAAUCCCGAUAAGGUGGGGACCUUCUUGGCCCCUCCACCACCAAAGAAUGUGAACGGCUCCGGUUCGGACACGCUUGUGAGUGAGAAGCUAGACACGGUGGUCAGAAAGCGGCGCCACACAAUGGAUAAAGACCUGAAGACGGCCGAGCACAGAUUUUUUAGGCGCAGCGUCAUCUGUGACUCCAAUGCCACGGCCCUCGACCUUCCGAGCAAGGCCUGCAUCCUCACCUCCCCUCCGGACUUCGAACAAUUUGUUGUGCCUGCCGGACUGUGUUCGACCCCUGACAAAACCAUCGACGCCCGGGCGGGUGUUUCAGGGGUUGUGGAGGAAGAGCGUGCAGAGGAUAUGGGUAGUGGAGGAAGAGGCGCUGGGGCUGAUGGGAUAGAGGAGUUACAGAGCACAUCUGUGCAGGAUGAGGGUGCGAGGCAGAGUGAGGCUCUUGGGGCGGUGGAGACCGUGGUCUGCUGUGUGGGUGACCGGGAACGGGAAAGCAGCGAGGCAGACAAACGUGAGGAAGAGGAGAAAGGGGUGGUGAAGGCCCGUGCUGAGGCUGAGCAGAGGGAGGCCGAGAAGAAGCUCAAGGAGGACAAUGAGGAAGUGGAGACGAAAGCUGUAGGCACCUCGCCAGAUGGCCGUUUUCUUAAAUUCGAUAUAGAGAUUGGACGUGGGUCCUUCAAAACAGUCUACAAGGGUUUGGAUACUGAAACAACGGUGGAAGUAGCAUGGUGUGAACUUCAGGAUCGUAAAUUGUCAAAAUCAGAGCGACAGAGGUUUAAAGAGGAGGCCGGCAUGUUGAAAGGGCUGCAGCAUCCGAACAUCGUGCGUUUCUACGACUCGUGGGAGUCGCCCUGCAAAGGUCGCAAAUGCAUCGUGCUGGUGACGGAGCUCAUGACAUCAGGCACCCUAAAAACGUAUCUCAAGCGCUUCAAGGUGAUGAAGAUAAAAGUAUUGCGGAGCUGGUGCAGACAGAUCCUGAAGGGCCUUCACUUCUUGCACACAAGAGCCCCUCCCAUCAUCCACCGGGACCUAAAGUGUGACAACAUCUUCAUCACCGGCCCCACCGGCUCUGUUAAGAUUGGCGAUCUGGGCUUGGCCACCCUCAAGCGCUCUUCAUUCGCUAAAAGCGUCAUAGGUACCCCUGAAUUCAUGGCGCCUGAGAUGUACGAGGAAAAGUACGACGAAUCGGUGGACGUGUACGCCUUCGGGAUGUGCAUGUUGGAGAUGGCGACCUCUGAGUACCCUUACUCCGAGUGUCAGAACCCUGCUCAAAUUUAUCGCCGGGUCACUAGCGGAGUUAAACCUGGCAGCUUUGACAAGGUUGCCAUUCCAGAGGUUAAAGAGAUCAUCGAGGGAUGUAUUCGGCAAAACAAAGAUGAAAGAUAUGCCAUCAAGGAUCUUUUGAACCAUGCCUUCUUCCAGGAGGAGACCGGAGUACGUGUGGAGCUGGCUGAGGAGGACGACGGGGAGGUGAUCGCCAUAAAGCUCUGGCUGCGCAUUGAAGACGUCAAGAAACUAAAAGGCAAAUAUAAAGAAAACGAAGCCAUCGAGUUCUCUUUCGACCUUAGCAGGGAUGUCCCAGAAGAUGUGGCCCAGGAAAUGGUCGAGUCGGGGUACGUUUGCGAUGGCGACCACAAAACCAUGGCCAAGGCAAUCAGAGAUCGCGUGGCCCUGAUCAACCGCAAGAGGGAGCAACGUCGGCAGGUGAGAGCCCAGCAGGAGAAACUCAAACAGGAGGAAGAGCAGAAGCAGCUGUCCAGCGAAUCGUUGAAGAACACGUCCAGUUCGAGUCAGUGCGGAUCCCAGCCUCCCACUCCGGGCCUAGUUCAGCCUGAAUGCGAGGAUACAGAGGCAGAACAGCAGCUUCAUUACGCACAAAGUGGAAUGACUUCUGCUGAUGUGACACUUGACAGUGGUCAGGGUUCUUCUGUGUUCUCAGAAGCUUACCUGAGCCAGGUCAGCAUGUCGUAUGGUUCUCCGGCAACAUCACAACAACAGCAGGUGCCCGGACAGGGCGCCUAUGCCCCCGCCUCUCAGGCUUCCCAGCAGCAGGCCCCGUACUCUCAGCAGCCCAUGCCACGUCGUCGUAGCAUGUCUGUUUGCGUGCCCUGCUUUUCUACCACCCCUCCUCUGUUGUGCCCUCCCAAGCCACCUUCCACCCCUCCUCCAGUCGCAUCAGCCCCACUCUCACCCAGGCUGGGGAGGCCAGAUGGGGAGACGUUUGCGGGCAGACUGUCCAAAGCACUGGAGUGCGUCCUGCCCCUUCACUCGGCCCCACCCCGGCGCCGGGCCAGUCUCCCAGCAAUCUUUGCCAGUCCUCCGCAGUCAGUGAGUCAGCAGUAUGGUGGAGGAGGCUCAGGUCUGGUUGAGCCCCCGCACUUUUUCCCCACCAUUUCGGAGCGGCCCGUGUCUUUCUCACCUCCGCCAUCUUGCCCACCUAAAGGUUUCAACGUACAGCGUCGCAAGAGCACCUCGAUUCUGGAGGCCCACACGCGUCACUUCCAGCCCGCUUACAACCGCAGCUAUGGCAGCAGCUUGCACCCGUUCUCCGGCAUGGAGGCCAUGGGUGCCCCUGUUGAACCUUACAUGUACAUGAUGCAAGGGAUAGAAGCUCAAAGACUGGCCGAGCAAAUGCACCUGCAACCCCCUACCGAACAUCUGUAUGGAUACAAGGAUGUUAGAGCAGAGCAAGAGGAAACCGUCCGUAGGUUGAGUCUCAACCAGGCUGCAUUAAUGGACCACCUUGAAGCCAUGGGCUACGGAGGCUACUCUAUGGCGCCUCAUCCAUUAAGCCACAUCACUUAUCAUCAGCAGGUGCAGGCUGCUGCCAACUUGGCAUACGAGGCUCCGUCGCAGCCUGGUACAGCUUACCUACACCCUCACGUCCAAAGCCACAUGCGCAUGACCCACAGUCCCAUCCCGCAACUGCCUCCUAUGAGUGUGUCUAGCUCUGCCUCAGUGGGACAGCCAGCUGUAGCCGUUGAUCCAGGCUAUCAGCCACACUCAUUUCCUCAUUCAGCUCCACCCGUGUUAGCCCAUGCUGCCGAACCCAGCAGCGCCUUUGAAUUCCACAUGCAGAACCUCCAGGCGGACCCAGCCGCCCUGGCGGCCAGACUCUACCGAGCCCGCCGCGGCUCCAUGGACCUUAACCUGGAGGAAGCAGCCAGCAACCCUGCCAUGUGUGGUCGGUUGCAGCCUGUUACUGAAGAACUAUACAGUUACGUGAGCCCAGAACUGCCUCUUCCUCCAGGUAGCCUGCUUCUGCAUGGACCUAAAGAUCACAGUCCCGAACCUUCAAGCGACUCCAUGACCUCCUCAGAUGCUGGGGAGUUCUACUCACCUCCCCCACAUCUAUUGUUCCAACCUACAGACUCUUCCGCUGCUCAAUCCAUCCCAAAGACUUCGUACUACAAAGCAGAAGGAGGGAGCAACAUCAGCGAAGGACACCCACCCAGUCAGCCAACAUUUCUAUUCGUUCCACCCUCCGAAUCGUCCGGUGUCCCAUCGUCACACAUCGGUGCUCUGCACAGUACCUGGGCCCGGCAAACUACCCUUCAACCGGACCUCGCAUACCACGACCCUGCCCAGUCCCAUCAGGGUUCUACCUUGCAGGUUCCCAUUUCUCAGUCCACAAGUGGCAUCUCUUUGGUUUCCAGCAGUACCCCAUCCACCACCUCCGCUACUCAACAGUAUGGAGGUUACUACGUCCAAGUGCUCCCUCCGCAGCCUGCUGUACUGCAGCAAGUCUCUUUAGGACCAGCAUCCCAACCUGGUGUCUCUGUACCCCAACAGCAACCUCCCCAACAGCCUCCUAGCACCGCAGUUCAGACACAGGUCCAGCCCGGCCCUGCACCCACACAGCUUUGCAAUACGGCUCCUGGCGUGCCACCCACGACAGUGCCCUCAUUGCUGCUUCCGGUAACGGUGGCUCAGCGGUCCCUGCCGCAACCGAUGACGUGCCCGACGGCCGUAUCCGCGCCAACCACGUCCUCAGCAGCGCAGCUACCUGCCAUGCCACUUAAGCCCCCACCUAUAGUGCCAACCAUCAUUGUGGCCACAGUCCCUAACCCUGCCGAACAUCCAUGUUUUCCAGCAGACACCCUAAUCCAGACUUCUCUCAGCGCCUCUCAGACUUUGACAACAGAUCUGUUACAACUUCAGACUCCUGCAGGGGAGAGUUGUCACUCUGAUGUUGCAUCCGGGCUCAGUGAUGGUAAUGAGGGCGUAACGGGCGGCAGGCACGAGGGCCGAUCUGUCAAACGGCACCAGCGCAGAUCAGUGCGCAGCCGUUCACGUCACGAUAAGACCUCCAAAGCCAAGCUUAACGUUCUUAAUAUCUCUAGUAUGGGCGAUAGAGUUGCAGAGUGUCAGCUGGAAACGCACAACAGAAAAAUGGUGACGUUUAAGUUUGAUCUGGAUGGAGAUAACCCAGAGGAAAUUGCACAGAUAAUGGUUGAGAGUGAAUUUAUUCUAGAGAGCGAGCGCGAGUACUUCAUCGAGCAGAUCCGAGAGGUCAUCGAAACAGCAGAUGAGAAGGGUGUAGAGCGAGAACGCAGCCAGGUGGUCAAUGAGCAACAUAUGCCCACCACAUCUGCACCCCUUGAACAAGGUCUGGCGCCUUGUUCAGCUACCCAAGUGGUCCAUUCAGCAGGCCGCAGGUUUAUUGUAAGUCCAGUGCCCGAGUCCAGGCUGAAGGAACAGUUCUUUAGCUCUCACCAACCUGACUCUUCAUCCUCUACUUCAGUGCCUCAUCUUGGCCUUUCCAUGUCUGCGUCUGCAGUCAGUCUGCAGCAGGCAUUUUCUGAGAUGCGUCAAGGCCAGUUUGACCCUGGUCCCAGUACUGCCCCACCUAUACUCCACCUCUCAAUGCCCCCUCUAAUGCCUGCUGUAACACCCUUGCCCUCUAGCGCCGUCCCUGUGGUCUCUCCUCCACUCGCACCAGUAUCUUCAGAGAUAACAUCUCUACCCUCUGUGUCAGCAAACCCUCCCAGGUCAUCGUCACCACCUCCUACCCUUCAGCAGAUGCCUACCUCUGCUGUGACCUCCCCACCUCCUGGGUCUCAACUCCCUCUGCCUCCAAGCCAGCCAUCCAUACCUACCAUCAUCAGUGUUAUUACUUCCCCCUCCUCUUUGCCCAUGCCAGCUGUAUCCAGCACCAUGCCUGUCUCUGUUCCAUUCCCCCAGCCAUCACCAGCCACCAUGGUCACCCCGGUCCCUCAUCCAGUAGCUCCUAUGAAUAUCGUGGGCUCUGUUUCUGGUGGCAGUGCGGAACAACCAUUCACCCCCUCCACCGCAGCACAACUCACCCCGACUGUAGUCCCCACAACGGCCAUUCAGACACCCCAGCUCACACCUUCCACCAUCCCCGCCACGGUUAUACCCUCCGCAGCCAACCUGCCACAAGUGCCCACUCUCCAACCCGUCACUACCAACAUACCGGUCGUUCAGCCCACGCCGGUUCACAGCCAACCUCAAACCUCCACCGUGCCCAACCAGAGCCAUAUCCAUUGUGUGGAUUGUGACAGCGACCCACAAGGAAAGGGUGUUGAUGACAUUCAAGCUCUGGAUAAGAAACUACGCUCUCUCUUUAUGGACCUGGGGUCUGGUCCGUCCUCCUCCCAGUCCGAUACCACGUCUGAUCCCAUGGCAACCCCAACCGUCCCUGGCACCUCCUCUCCAACUGCAUGUGCCACCCCUAGUGGUACCCCCCUUCCUCCUUCUAGUUUACCCCUGAACACUUCCGGCCAAUCUGCAGGCUCCCCGAUGACUGCCGUGGGUAACGGCUCCACCCCUGUUGCAUACGCUCAGACAACUCCAUCCAAACCUCCGUUAUCAAGGUUACCGGUGUUGCCUGUCGGCCCAGAUCAGGCUGGCACGCCACCGUCAGAGCACCUACCACCCUUCCCAGGACCUUGUUUAAUUCAGUCUCAGCAACCCUUGGAGGACCUGGAUGCCCAGCUGAGACGGGCUCUGAGUCCAGAGACGGUCCCCAUCAGCAGUGUCACGCCCCAGAGCUCUGUCACCGGUAUGCCCCCUGGAGGACAGCCAGUUCCGUUUUCUUUGGAUGGAGAUCAAGCAGCUGUGCCUACAGUUGAGGGCUUCAAACUAGGCCGAUUCCAGGUGUCCGUAGCUCCUGAAGAGAGUGCCCCACAGGUUCCCACCAGCUCUCAUGAUUCAUCCACCACAUCAUCUUCUUCCACCUCCUCCUCUUCAUCAUCCUCCACCCUCUCUAGCCCCGAGCACACGCUUCACAGAACCUCCUCUCCCCUCAAAAAUGCCACGGAAGACCAGAUCGACGGCAUCCCCAACCAAAGCCCCAUCUCACCCCAGUCCACCACCAUUGGUCGUUUCCAGGUCACCACCAAGACGGACACCAAAGUGGGUCGUUUCUCUGUGAGCAGAUCCCAGGACGAGACUCUUGCUGUUAGUCUGCAGCCUCCAGGACCUCAGGGCCAUUCAACCAUAGGGAACGGUCCAGCCCAGAGUACCGGCACCCUCAACAACUCCGUAAGCUCCUACCUGAGUAGCGACAAUGACUCAGAGUUUGAAGAUGAGGACUUUAAGAGAGAAGUCAACAGACUGAGGGAAAAGCACAUGAUGGAGAGCCAGGCCCUGUACAUCCGUCAGAAGGCAGAGAUUGACGCCCUUUUUGCACGUCUGGGCAAAGCUCCGCCCGGAAUGAUCAACCCACCUGUAGUAAAUCCCGCUGGCCGCAGACGACGACCGACCAAGAGCAAAAGCAGCAAAUCCAGCCGUGGCAGCUCGCAGGGCAGCAAAAGUCCUAUACAGCCAGCAGCCAGCACUUUAUCAGCACAGAGCGCUCCCUCUGUGUACCCACCCCAGCAGACAUUUCUGGCCCCUGGGGGGCUGAUGGAUGGGGGCAGCAGCCCUCUGCUCCAGUCUUAUAAACCUUCCCCCUCUAAUGACAACCUGUGUUCUGCUUAUACCAGCGAUGCCACGCUGGUCACCUCGCAAGGCUGUAUAAAGUUUAGCUGUGGGUCGGAGAGAGUGACCUUCAAACCAGGUGGCAGGAGGACGCGUUUUCUGAGUACGCCCUGCUUGGCUCUUUGGAAGAUGGUGAAAAAAGUCUGCCCCUGCAACCAGCUCUGUAGGACGAGCAGCACCAAUACAGUGGCGGGAACCUGUCCGAAUCAAAACCAGCCGCCCAUCUCUCAGUCCCAGAGCUGCAAGGGGAUGUUCACAGACGAAUUGCACAAGCUGGUGGACAACUGGGCCAAGGAUGCCAUGAGCCUGUCCCAGGGCAAGAAAGGCUCCAAACACCAACAACAGGUGGUUCAUCAAGCCCACAGUUACGAUAUGGUCUCUCAUGCCAACAUGGGCCGUAAAUACUCCGCUCCAGGCCAGCUGUGCCCAAGCAUCGCUUCGACUCUGAGCGGCCAACCGCCUAUACCUAACACUCCUGCUACCUCUAUGGGGACCCGGAAGGGUUCCUUGUGCCCCGCGCCGCAGUACGGCUACCCAUCCGCACCUUACAGCGCCCAAUGGGCAAGCUCUGCCGCACACACCCAGGGCGGCCUGCUGGCCUCCUCGCAACCCCUGGGCCAGUUUUCACAGGUGUCCAACCCAAUACAGACCUUCCACCUCAGCACUUUGCAAAAGUCUGUCAGCCACCCUGGCGGACCCAACCUGAAGACCACGUAGUGCAGGACCUUGCCGCGCCAGGCCGAAAGAUGGGGGGAGAGAGACGGAGCGAUUGGAUUGGAUACGUGUGUCGGAUUUGUUGGAAAGUGUUAAGAGACUCGCAAGUAUUCUUACGGAUGAUUGAGGGAUUGCGAAAGAAUAUGCCAAGAUGCGCACACACACAUCAGACCUACCAAAUCCUCACAAAUGCAUUGUGAUCCAAGCGAGAGGAUGAAAAUGAAACGCCAGAGUGCAAUGUUAAGUGGCCAAAGAAUUGUUAUUAUGGUUAACAAGGCAUAUUUUACCAUCCAGCCCCACACAUUUUACUCUGGACCCGUGUUUAGAGGUUUGAUUUAUCGACCUCCCGAAAAGCGUACGCUUACGAGCAUGUCAGCAAAUCCAGGCUGGUUUGGAGACAGGUGGGCGUUGGUGGAGAGCCCUGUGUGUCCUCAUUCCCCCUCCGCUGCAACGCCAUGGAAAUGCAAUAAUUACAACAGCGUAAAAUAACCCGUUUUAAACACAAAAAGUGGCCUUCAUUCGAAUUAAAAACGCGUGUACAGAUUUUUAAAAUUGGGUUGUGAGGGUUAUGAUUCCAUUUGUUUUGUUUGUUUGCUCGGUUGGUUUGUUUUUCGAGUCGGCCUUGUGUAGCAUAAUCUUAGGGAGUUUUGUUUUUCAGACGUUCAGAGGCCUUAAGCUGCCCCCUGGGUUUGUGCUGAGAAGCUGCUACAGCCUCCCAGCAUGCUUUGCCAUUCACGUUUAAUAUCCUCUAUCACCUCUCUCACCAUAAGGUGACCUGUGUAAUAUAGUUGAGAUCCAAAUAAAAUGUGGUUUUUUGGUGGUGGAGUCUUUUCCAACUCAAAAUGGCCCCCUUUGCAAUAAAAAGGUCAUUACUACUUAAAUAUUGGCUCCACCCAUUUAUUCUAAAUAUCGGAGGAUAUUGUGAUCAUCACUCGGGGGUGGCACACGUAAACAAAUACUGCCUUGUAGUCCCACCAAGCUUUAAAUUCGUUCUCGAUGGCUAAAGUUCCAGCUUGCCGUAAUCGUGGCAACAUUAGGUGACUUUUAUAUUCGUUUGAUGCGACAUUCAAAUGUGAGACGGUUGUGUUCUGUAUGGACCUGUAUUUACUCAUCAGUUUUUGAUGUUGAAACACUGUGAUUAUUAUAAAUGUUGUUGGACAACGUUAGUUUAAGGUCGACAAAAACGUGAGGGUUAUGGAUAUUAGCGUUCAUGAGAUGUAAGGCUAGCUAUUUCAUUAUUCACAACUUAUCGGAGACACUUUAACCUUUUUAUGUUUUCCCCUUUGUAUUUUUGUGUAUUAGAAAAAAAAAUGUGAAUGUAAAAUGGUUUCAAUUGAUGUACUUGAAGAAACUGAUCUUUCCCUUUUCCCCCCACGUCCGGUGAGUUUUCUAAAGAUUAUAGUGCCUUGCUUUUUUACUUUGCUUUGCUUUGGGGUUUGACAUACAUGUAUAUGGCUGCAAUGAAGCGUGCCGGUGUUUGGACCUCACAGAGGGUGAAUGUUAGUAUAUUACAGAAUGAGAUUUUGGCUCUAUGACUUAAACCAUUCGCUUGCAUUGUUAAUUAUGGGUGCAAAAUGAAAAAUUGGGCUUUUUAAAAGGCUGUGAAAGUGAGUUUUAGAUACUAGAACAUCUAUCUUAGUAUGCAAGUAAGUGUGCCUAUCACUAGCGCACAUUUAUAAGCAUUGUGUUGUUUCCAGUCUUAUAUGAUCAGUUUUGUAGGUAAGAAAGUAUCAAGAUGGAGAAAGAAAGUUGGUAUACACGAGACAGUAUGUUGCUAAAUAAAUAAAUAUCUCAGAUAUGUGACGUGCUUAAGGCUUUGACACCAUCCAGUGUCAGACCCUCUCCCAUAUGUUAUGAGAGGCACUGGUUAACUAGUUGAGGAUGUAAGGAUGCACACUGUUCAGUAGUGAGGCUAAUAAAGUGAAGAAAGAAAGUUAGCAACCCUCACCAACACAACAAUGCUGCCAAAACAACGCUUGCCGUUUAUCUAUCAGACUCUUUGCUUUAAGCUCACAUCACGUAGACGUUUUCAUCUCUUUCGUAGCAACCAUUGGUCAAGUGCCGGCCGAAUCACUUUUGUAAAUGCUUUAGUUAAGUGCAUAGAUUUGGCUUUCAUGAGUAACAAAUGUAUAGAUCCUUAGAGUAUUUGCCUGGUUAAGACUGUAAUGGGUACAAACUGUAGUGCAGUUGAAAUUAGUGGAGAGACACUUAUCACCUUAACUACUGAAAAAAGGACUUUAGGUUGCGUACUGCUUAGUGUACUGUCCGAGUGAAACGUCUGGUACAGAAAAACUUCACUAAUCGCCUGUACAGUAUAGAUUCUCAAAUGUGUUCACCAGCCGCCAGUGGCUCACUUGUACCUCUUUAUAUUUAAAUAACUCUCGUUUCUCUUUUGCUUUGUAUACAACGCUUUACCUGUAGACAGCUCGUGUUUCUUUUUUACCCAGAAUUGGUUCGUUUAAACUGUGAACAAGCCGUAAGGUCUUUGAGAAAGAGGUCCCACCUGCUCAGUGUUCAAACUUAUGAAAUCUGUCGAAUAAAACUACCUUGUGAGUGCCAUGUCCUCAUUCCAGAUGAAACUCAAGUGUUAAUUUGCUCUCCCGUACCGUAGAGGGCGCUAAUGUAACUGCAGUGCAGAACGUACAACGUUAAACAAGAUUCACUAACCUGACACCGUGUUCCCGGUUUACCAAAAUGCUUUAUUUACCAUCCACCUUCCUUUAAAAAAAAAUGCUUUUGUAGUGGGCUGAUGUGCAAGCAAUCCAGUCAAUAGAUUGUAAACAGUUUUGUCUUACAGUAAUCUCUUUGCAUGAUACUUCAGUUACUCUGAUACAGAAAAUGCACACAAACCCACUGCAAAAAGUGUUUAAUCAAACAAAACGAAAUACAACAGAACAAUGUUUACUUAAUGCGACCUGUCCUGUCAUUAAGUUCUUUUGUUUUGUGCUAAUAUAAGAUCUGCCUGUUUGCUUUUAGAUUUCUUCUAGCAACUUGAGUGUUUUUCUGAAUGAUACAUUGUACAAAAUGUUAAAACCAAACAUAAACAUGUAGGGAAUCAUUGGCAAGUUUAACUGUAUGUUUUGCACUAAGUAUAGGAUGUUCAAGCUUCAUAUAAAACUGCGCUUUGCGCUCCAAUAACAGCAUUUGUUACCUUUAUUUGUAAACUUAAUAAAGAACAUUUAAAUAAAAAAAA